CAGCAGCUCAGGCCAGCUCACUCAUGUGACAUGCACCGUCAUAGCCUUCAACAUUAACUUUGAAUCAAAGCUGCGCGUAACAUGAGCAUUUCCGAGUGUUGCCGGCUUCCACAACGGCAUUUCUGUCACCGCCAGACUGGCCUACUGUCUGACUGUCACCCAUCACGUCACUGAAGUUCCUAGUAAAUAUUGAUGGCACAGCGAACUAGGAUGACCAGGAUCUUCUGGCACGCAUGGUCGUGGAUGUUGCGGCGAACGCUACCCUUUGUACUCAAGCAAAGAACGCCCGUGAACAUAUAAAAGGGUGGGCUAAUAGCUUCUAUCGUCAUAACGAAUUCAACACAAUCAUUCAUCAUGAAGUCAGUUCUCUCCCUCGCUCUUCUUGCAGUUUCUGCUUUCGCCCAGAACGCUGCCAUCGGAUACCCUCCACAAGGUCUUUCAGUGUCUCCUGGAAGCAGUUUGACUGUCCAGGUAGAGAGGCCUAAUACAUUGUCGAGUACGGAGGAAGUUGCUGUCGUGAUUGGCCUACAGUCAUGCCCAGGAACGCCGUGCAUUGACCCCGCUGAUUUCAUGGGUCAAAUUUUGUACAACGGUCCCUUUAAUCCACAGUAUCAAGGGCCGUUAGGCCCCCCUUAUCAGAACUUCACAGUUCAGAUUCCGAGCAGCAUUGCCAGCGGAACUGCUCUUCUUGGGGUUGCUCAUGUCGCUCUUAUCGGAGCUGGGUUUUCCCCUUCGUUGGAGACUUUAAAUCGUACAAUCACGAUUUCGUGAUUUCUUAUUUCGCAGUUUAUGGACUUUGAGGACUAUUUUAAUAUAGACGCUGUAGUGCAGUAUCACAAUGAUGCACAUAAGAUGUGCAUACCGUAAUUCUCCUCCUAAAUUAAGAGGACACGGACCUACUUACUACAAGUCUUACUAUGUACAUACUAACUGUCGUCCUCAUUUUGGUUCACUUAGGUAUAAAUUCACAUAUGUCGCGUCCUCUGCUAGAUCUGAUUGCAAUAGAAACAAUUUUGUGGUUCA